UAGUAGUAGUAUUACUAUUACCAUUAUUGUUUUAUUCAGUGUUGUUUUAUUGCUAAAUUCAUUGUUCUUUUUAGUAAUUAUAAAGUUUUAAACGAAUAUCCUAUUAUAUUCUGUAUUUAUUAAUUCUUAAUAUUUUAACUAGAGUACACCACAGCUUAUUACAGUAGGAUUUGUGUUUAGUUAGUGUGAUUCCAUUUACUCUCUUGUGCAUAUAAGAGUUUUUAUAUUCGAAGAAUCAAUCGAUGUUAUUUACUUUCAGUCGGUAAAAUUAUGUUUACACUUUGUGUAAGUGUUAUUCUUCAUUUCUUUAAUUUUAAAUUAUCUUUUAUUCGUUAUUGUAUUAAGUAAUUUGUUUCUUCCAUUGUACAUAGCUAAUUUUCGCAAUAAUUAAUCACUCAUCGAUGAGAUGAGCAGAAGUGAGUCGAGGCAAUGUAACCACUAUUGAGGUGAAUCGUAGGUUAAUAGGAAAAGAUAGAAAAUUGGUUAAGACGUGUGUUAUAUAUGCCUAAUCAUCGCCUACCGUCAUUGAAAAUCCUACAUGUUAUCGGAGUAAGUUGGAAAAAAAGCUAGAGCCGAUCAAUACAUGUAGUUAUUGAUAAUUGAUCUGAUCCAUGUUGAUAAAUCCAAAUUAUCUGGUUAGUAAGCACGUGACUACCCUUAUCAUUAGUGGUAAAUUUACGCUUCAUCUUACUCGAGAUCCUGAGUUCCAGAAUUCAUACUUUUUCAUUGUUUUUUUUUUUCAUUCAAAUCAUAAUUUCAGUACCUAGUGUUUCUCAUUAUCAUUCCAAUUACAUCAUUUUAAUUCAGUUGUUUUUCGUCCUAUGAAUUUCAUCUCAUCAAACUAAUGUAAUAUGGUAACUCAGGCCGAUGAAAAUAUGUUUCUUGAUUAAGAUCAUGAACCGAUUGAUGGUUGACCACCUUUGGAAACCUGGAAGCACUGGACGGCCGUUUCGUCCUAUUGUGGGACUCCCCGGCAGUGCGCAUCCACGAUCCCGCUCGUGGGAAUUCUCGGAGUUCUAGUGCGAAGCCGUGGCCAGCGGAGCUAAUCCAAAAUAGUUGACUGACCCAAUCAUUCGUAAACAUGCGUCAAUCAGAUUAGUUUAACACAUUUUAACCAAUCAUUAAUUUGUGAUCUGAGUAACUAGAUUUAAUAAUGAAAUAUAAGUAGAGAAAAAAGAAACUUUCGAGUUAAACUCCCUAGAUUGUGAAUACAUGUUGUCGAAGAGCACAAAAAUGGAAGGAAAAAAAUUAGAUUUUUAGUCUAGUUUUGUUACUAAAACAGUUGGAAGUUAACCGAUGACUCUUUAAAUUUAAAAAAUCAAGUUUAUACCUUCUUGUUGAUAUGACGUCUGAGAUUACAUCUAUUUCAGUUGAAGUCAUAAUAAGUGAUGCUAACCUCAAAGCUCUUUUCUAUCGUCAGUUCACAAGGCAAGGACAGGUAGUUAAUAACUUACAUCGACUGAGAUGGUUGGGUCACGUAAUACGCAUGCCCACUGACUCGCGGUGCUGACCGGUGUUGAAGACGGAUGGAAGAAAGUUAGUGGCGGUCAAACCAAAACGUGACAUCAAUCCAUAAAGUCACUAACCUCUGGUCUGAACUAUGUUGGUAGAAGACGGAUGGAAGAAAGUUAGUGGCGGUCAAACCAAAACGUGACAUCAAUCCAUAAAGUCACUAACCUCUGGUCUGAACUAUGUUGGUAGAUGCAGCUUUAUUGGUUGCGUUCCGCGCGACUAUCGUAAUGAUUGGUUGGAGAUUCUAGAUGACAUGGUUCAGAAUCGAUCACAAUGGGGUCGGUGUAUACACCCUCUGUCUUCCCUUAAACUAUGAGAUUGAAAUUACUUUAUACCUUUCUUCCUACGAACUAAUUCCUUCUCCCUGUAUCAUAUCCUUAUAUGAAAUCUUUUCUUCUACUACCACUGAAUUAGAAAUGAGUAUUUAGGCCGAAACCUUGGUUAAGUGCAUAGUCAACUUUCUCCAGCAGUAUGUUUAUCUAUAAUUUUUCACCUGUUUGUGAACACGGACAUGUGAUGUGUCUAUACACUUGGCUAACUCAUCAAUUUCACCAUUUUAUCUAAAAAUUAUAAUCUAUUUUCUUAUUCAAGGACUCAAAGUUAGCCAUAUUUGGAGACGUCAGUUUGUUCGAAGAAUCCAUUCAAGCUAUCACACACAGUUUAUAUGAUCCAAAUCAAAUACCUAGUGAUAUAGAAGAAGCAAUUGAUUAUGCAGUUGGUCUUGUUACUUCGAAUGUUUUAUGUGAUCGUAAAUAUUCCACAUCCUUUGGUAGUGGCACUCGAUCCGAUUCACGGUGUACAAUACGAUCAACGAAACAUUCAACAAGUUCUACCACUAUCGGAAAUGGAUUAGAAUAUUCUAAUAGUACUGGUUUAUCUUGUCAUGCAUCAGAGCUAAGUUUACAAUCUUCAAUAUCUGUAUCGACAAAUGGAUCCUGGAAUAAUAGUAAUAAUAACUGUAUUAGCGGUGGCAGUGGUAGUAAUUAUUCACAAUCUACAAUUCAUGCAUCUGAACAGCACUGUGAUGUUUUAAACCCAACACAAAAUUCUGUAAGCAGUGUUUUAUUUAAAAACAGUAAUCGGUUGUAUUAAAUUUGCAGAUUGUUUAACUUAAUAUUCUGUUGUAUCUAUUAAUAAAGCUUUGGUGCAAGAACUAAAGCUGAUAACUCUCGAAAUUAUUGUUUAUACUCUGCGACUUUCAUGUACAUCAAUGUAUCCCGAUUUUAGCUUGAUCAGAGUAUGGACAAUUCAGGAUUGUCUAAUCUCACUUUCCACUUUUGUUUGAUUCCCCUUUCUAAUUUAUUUUCUUCCAAAGUCAUUACUGUUCGGGUUGUUAGGGAUGUCUACGUUUCUUGACUCUAUCAUUUGGUUCGACAAUCAUGAGUAUACGCAAUAACGAAGGUGGAAUAUCUCGAUCCAAAGCUGAGAUUCGGUCAGCCCUUGGUGGUCUCUGGUUCUCAGUUGGUCUUUUUAUGGCCUCCUCAAAGUUUUGACUAUCUAGUUUAUCUGAUAUAUGUGGUUAAAGUAGUUUUUGAGUUGGCUGGCAACGCCGCUCCUGAAAACAAGUAAGACCCGCAUCAUUGCUCUCCACUUUCAAUCGGGGAUUCGUAACGAUGAUAAACUGAAUUAGUUACUUAGUGUUGUUACGAGCAUCUAAGCCAUAUUACUGCAUAAAAAAGACCAAAAUCUUGGAGCUUUAAAUGUUUUGCCCGUGUGGGUUGAAAUCUAGAAAACGUGAAACCGUCCCUUUUCAUGGUCACUUUUACGUUGAGAAUUCCGUAUUGAGUAAAUCAGUCGUUAUUAUUGAAAAGAAUGUGGAGCAUCCAGUAUUUUCCCAUUUAAAAUUUUCAUUGUUCAUAUGUUAGCUCAAAUUUAAUCUUGUUCAUUUUGUUUUUAUGUUACGUACGCGUUCCAUGUUGUACACUGCUUUAUUAUUUACUUACCGAUACGAUGACAAAAUGUGAAAAAUACCAUUAGAAAUUAAGAUCGAAAUUAAUGUUUACUGCUUAUACUUGCUUAUUAUGUAAACAAUAAUGCAUAAUCAAUGUGUGUGGCUUGUUUACUUUCACAUUUUCGAUUUGUAUUAUCACAGCCUAAUUUUGAUUGAUUGGUUUUUUGUGCUCUAAAGAAAUACUAUAGUUACAUAUUUAAAAUCAGUUUAAAUAGUUUUCCGCAUGUACAAUAAAUAAGUCGCUGAGCACUGUUCUUACGGUUUUUUCGAUGAUGCGUUCCAAUGGUGUAAUCUGUUUUUCCAGACUGGGUAGGUUGCUCACAUGAACCUGUCAAUCGAAAACAUUAUUUAGAACAAAUAAAUUGCGUUUAGCGAUGAGAUUCGGAUUUCGCGUUUCAUCGUAUUUGAAGGAUUCGUCAGCUAGAUUUAUUUGCACCCCAGUGUUAAUGUUUAUUCUGGGACAUAGAUCCAGUACCUUUUAAUUUAUAUGCCAAUGCGUUGUCUACUGAACUAGUAAUUUUAGAUAGCCAAUAUCUUAUUUUUAAUGGGUACGAUAUUCAAAUCAUUAUUAGUAAGUGUUAAUAUCAAACACAUUCUUUUACUUCAUAUUAUUUGAAGGAGAGCUUUAGCAAUAUUCACGUACGGUUUUUAUUGUCAUAUUAUGUAUUUUGUAAGUUUAUUAUUUGACACCCUUUACAUAUGUAUGUAUGUGUGUGCAUCCAUUCAUUUUCAUAGGGUGCCACCGAUAACCUCUUGUCUCAUACAACUGGUGGCGGUGUUGGAGAUUCAUUUAGCCUUUUUGAAAAUCCAGAUGGUUCAAUCAGUGGCGAAUCCGGUUCAUUAGGACGACCAGUACCAAAUUCUGUAUUGGACUCAAUCAAUCCUGCAAUUCUUCAACAGUGCUCCAGUUAAUGGACGAAUCUCAUCACCCUUUAAAUAUUUUGACAACAGUGAUAACUUGUUUCCAAAUUGCCAAGUUUCACAUGUUCAACCUCAUUAAUAUUCUUUAUUUGUGUCUGUUUUUGUCUGCAUAAACAUUUCAUGUCUCAUAUUUAUAUGUGUAUAUCUGUAAAUUUUUCAUUCAAGGAUAAGUAAACACAGUACUUUUUUUCUUUUCUUAGACUAAUAAACCAUUGAUUAUAUGCUAUAAUUAUGUAUUGAUAAAAUGAUCAUUACAUAAUACCUUGGGAUUAUUGAUUUGUGGUUAAUUAUUAUGUUGGCAUGUUUAGUUUUACCAUCUUUUUUUCCCUUGACAACAUAAGUUCUCCUUUUAACUUUUCUGUCAGUGUUCUUUUUUUAAAAUUUUAUUGCCUAAUUAUCAUAAAUGUAGUUUACUAUUUAAAACAUACAAUAUUUUCAUAGAUUCUCAGUAUUUGUGAAAAUAAUUCUCUGUUCUUUUUUCUACUAAAAAGAUAAAAGAAAUAACUCGAUUACUCUCUGUCUGAUUUUGUGGUUUAUACUGCUUUUAGUGUCUUGUGUACACAGAUUUGUAAUUCAUGUACUAAAGUACAAGUUUCUGUACACUUGGAUAAUUUUAUAGUUUGGUGAACGAAAACCCAGUUGAGGAAACUAGUUUAGUGUUUAACGCAUAAUUACAGAGAACCUUCAUAAAAUAUGAAAACCAUACAUUACAUAGAUUGUUUGCACAUUUUCCUUCAAUUGUCCUUUAUAUGCUUCAUGAUCCUUCCAAUUUAAUUAAUUGCUCUCUGUUUCCCUGCUCAUUCUCUUCAAUUCAUUUUUCUCAGUCUUCUGCUGACAAACAUUCCACUUUCGACUUCUGUUACAUACUACUUAUAUCUAUCAGCAUAAGUAGCAUGCACCACAAUAGUCAUGAUACAUACCAUCCGAUUAUCUGUACUAAAGUAUAUUAAACACGUGUUUCGAACAACCGGUUAAAGGUUUUCGGAUAAUCCUGCAAUACAUGAUAUUUCCAACGUUUAAGAAAGUUGGUGAUUACUUUCCACCUGAAUAUUUGUUCACUACAGUAGUAAUGGUGAUAAUAGUACGGUACAGUUUGGAACCAAACUUCAUCUACUUUGAUGUUUGAUCAAUUGUGGCUAGUGGUAUCAAAUUAGCUAUUCAACAAAUUGUGUAACUGAAAUAGAUAAGUUCAUUAAUCAGUUCAUUAUUAUUAAUAUUAGUUGUUUAAGGAAAGUGUCUUGAAUACAUUUUUAUGCUACUGGGUCCGACUAUAUCCACCAUUCAUUUGGUAUUCAACAAGUCUUAUAUACACGACCGCUUGGCAUAUCUUUUUGAUGUUUCUUUUUUUCAUAAAAAAGUACAUUUCCCUCAUCAGUUUAUUCGCUGUCGAUCUUGUUGUUGUUUUUUAUUUUAAAAAUCUAAUUUAACAAAAACAAAUGAUGAAUCGAAUUCAAAUGACCCAAUUUUUAGGAUUCAUUCUUUUAGUGUUCCUCAUUCGUCUUCAUUGACCUUUCAAGCUCAUUAUUAUUAUUUCAUUGAUUCGAUUAUUGAAAUUCUUCUUUAGGGCGAAAAGAAAACUAAUUGUAUCACAUGACUGACUUUCUUAGUUAAUUUCAUUUAGAAAAUUAGUAAACAGAACAGUAGUAAGGGUCAGGUAAGUUAUCAUCAAAACUCAUCAUAGUUAUUAAAGUUCUUUGAAUGGAUGUUUAGAUGGCUGUAUUUCACCGCCCCUACCCACCUCACAACAUGCUAUCUUUUUGUUUUGUAUUAGAUUGGAAUAUAGUGUGGGGUGAAAAAGAGAUUUAUUUUGAUUAAUUUACUCGUUUAUGAUAUAGAGUUAAGUUCGUGUAUCUUGAUUUCCAAGAUUGGAGGUACGUGGCUUUAGAUAUGUGUUUGUGUGUGAAGCGAAAGAAAGAGAGAGCGAAAAAGUUCUUUUUCUUCAGGAAUUGACAUUAUCUGGAUGGUGACUGAUGAUUUAGAUCUUGUAUUGUUGUUAUUUUUCUUCAUUUUAUGAUAUGUUGUAAUCUGAUCUGCUUGUAUAUAAACUACUUAUGUUUGAAAUAUAAUAUUCGUAUUAUGGAGGCUGAUUGUUGUGUUCUGAACUCAACGGGCAGGACCGAUAUGGAAUUAAAAUUAACUCAUAACUGCUAACGCCGGUUGAAGUGUCCUUGGUUUUGCUCAGGGACAAAGUCGUAAAAACAUGUAUUGUGAUUGGUGGUUUUAUAACUUUAUAUAGGACAGAGCUAUAAGUCAUAAUAAAUUCAGGAACAACAAAGUGGCUUAAUCUAUAAGUCAUGUAAGAUAUCAUACAGGGGGUAGAUGGAAAACUGCGUUCUAUCAUAUACAUAUGUAAACAACAUGCUCAAGGUUACACGUGAAUAAUCGACAAGGGAAAAUAUAUUCAUAGUAGUAUGAAUAGAAAGAUUUGACUGAUUCAUCUAUUUAAACAUUAAAAUCAAUCACAUAAUUGUGUAACAAUACUAAUUGCUACAUAACUAUUAUCUAGUGUCAUCUAUACAUAUUCAACGUUGACUAGGUGGUUGAUUACACUACUAUCCUUUUUUUAAAUAUUCAUUUACUUUGAAAUAGCUACUAACAAUUGAUUGGUCACUAAGUAUUAACCAAUAUCAUAUUAGCCUAGUUUUCUGAAUUUGGUGCUUGGAGGUAGUCGGCAGGGGCUUCAACCUCCUAACAUCUGAACAUAGUACACACGAUGUCAAGUCAUUUAGACUAUUGAAUCAUACUGCAAGUUCAUCGAUAUAAUUCGACUAACCUUAAGGAGGAUUGGACAAAAUUGACAUUGUUCACUACUUAUCAAUCAAUCAGUUGUCAAUAUCUUAUUACUACAGCUUGGUUUUUCUUUGACCGAAUAACACGUUGAUAACUUCUAGGAUUUUGAAGUUGCAUGUCCUAGAUGAAAAUCUCACUAGAUGUGUUACGUCCUUUAAGACUGUAAGGACGCUUUGCUGGGUAUUGUUGAUUCUCACUAAAUAUACGUCAAGUGUGAUUACCUGCUGCUUACCUCCGACCACUUAAUAUCAUUAUAAAAUCAAGAUUGUUAAUAUGAAAGUAUAUUUCAUCAUUUCCAUUAUUUACACCAUAAUACAUGUACAUGAAAAUGAAUAAAUAAUUUAUUAAUUCACAUAUGAACUUUCUAAAACACUGAUGAUAACUAAUAACCAAUAAUCGUGCUGCUUUAAAUUCCUGCAUUAAAUAAUUGUAUUCAUCAAGUAAAUAUUGACUAGCUCAAAUAAUAAACAACUCGUAUUGUGGUGUGAGCUACUUAUAUUCAUAUAAGUAGUAUAUAACGUGCGUCAAAUAAACGUAAGGUCCGGCAGCAGAAGAUGACGAAGAUCAAGAAAGGAAGAGCAAGAGCACAAUGGAAUUGUAAGAAAACGCAUGUACAAUGGAAUGGGAGACAAUGGAUUAGUGUUUGCAACGGGAACAGUACAGUUUGAUAUGAUGGAAUGAUAUUUUGCAAAUUGACGAUUGACUUUAUGGUAUUCACAUUUUAUUGAGAUAGUCUGUAAUCUUUGUGCUAAAUACAAUCGAUUGUCCCCACCCGUGUUCUUGUUCACUACAGUAUCACUGAAGAACAUCGUUAUAGAUCUAUUUUCCUCAUAUAUAUAUAUUAUAUGUUUAUUGCUCUGUCUGUAUACUUGAAUUCAAUUGAUAUGUAUGUAUACAUUAAAUUACACUCCAUACAUCUAUGCAUCGUUUCACUUUAAUAUUUCAUGAUCAUGAUAUUUCUUUUUUUACUCUUCUUCUUUUUGCUUCCGAUGAUUCACUCACACACCCAGUACUAUUAUUUAUCUGUGUUAAUGCUAGAAAAUGUUUUCAAAUUUCUAUUUUUUUCGUAGAGAAAGAAACAGUAUAAUUUUUAUUUAAUUUUUGUUUAAGAACAUUAUGUCAAAUAGUCACUGUCGUCAUGUAAUCAUGUCUACAUACAUAGAGUUCUUGUUAUUAAUUUGAAUUCAUCAUUAUUCAUACGUUACCAAUAGGCUGAAGUAAUACAGAAUCAAAUAAUCCAUUUCCAUUAUUUACAUAAAUGAAAUAUUCUAAUCACUGUUUGCAUUAUGUUCAUUUUCAAUCUUUACACUGAUCAUUUCUCUUCUGUGCUAUUUUAAUCAGUUUUGAUGUCGUUUUUAUAUAAAUUUUUCUCCUUCUUUUUAUUGUUGUGGUAUUAAGUUUACAUUUCUUUCUUCUUCCUUCUCACCCCUCCUCCCAGCUCAGUGUCCAAUCAUAUUUUCAUUCUUUUUUUUAUUCUCCUAGGUUAUCUCUUAUCCUCAUCCUAAAAUUUGUUUCAUCUGUUUGAAGUAAACAUUUUGAUUUGUUUUACUACAGUACUGUGUUUUUGUUCUUCUUAAAUAGUUUAUCAUCAAGGCUGCAGGUUUUACUUUUAAGAUAAUACAUCUAUUUUUUUUAAAAAAAAACAUCCUUUUUCAUUCCCAAUAAUUGAUAGUAAUCGGGAGAUGUAUACAUUAUUUGGUUGGAAAUACACAUUUAUAACCUUGACGGCCCAAAUUACUCGUGUAUUGGAUUCCAUUACCUGGUUUAAGUAAUAAAAGUAUGAAUGUAAAUGAACGUCAAAAAACCAGUAGUAAAUCAACUCAAGAUAAUGCUGUUUUCGGUUUUCCAUCUGAAAAUUUUAACAAUAAUGAAAACGAUAAUGGUCAAGAUGUUAAUCAUGAAAGAAGAACAAGUAAUGUUGAUAUCAGCGUCGAAGCUGAUGCUGAUGAUGGCGGCGGCGGUGCUGGUGGCACCACUACUGAAGAUACGGAGGAUGGUGAAACAGAUGAUGAGAAAUUAGAUCAUAGUGAUGAAACCCGUCAGGAUAAAUGUAGGUCUUUAUCUACUGUUUCAAAUUUUGUUCUUUUACAAUUACUUACUGUUAAUUUAUCUGUACGGGACUACCAAUCGUCUAUAGUCUAGAUCACAAGAUGAUCUUUGACCAUUAUUGGAGACCUGAGAACAUUGAGUGGCCGUUUCUUCAUAGUAUAGGUGGCGCUGAGCAACUUUUUCGUUGCAAUAUGAGGUCCCUUAGCAGUGCUCAUCUAUAACACCAGAUCAGGAGAUCGGACUCAGCACACUCGGUUUCGUACGUAAACAUUCAACUUCUAGGCUACUGAGUCGGUAUCCUACGUUGUUAAUACCUAACUUCAAUCAAUUCACAAGAAUAUGCAUGACCAUCUGCCCAUUGUCUUCAUGUUUAACUGUCACACCCGAUACAGUUUAACUCCACUAGUCACAGUUUCUUUCUUGAGCUCCAGAAAUUGAUGUUGGUGAAGAUUGUGUACAUUAUUAUUGCUAGUGUAGGAGGUUUCGUAGAGACUAGAAUUUUCGAUUGUUUCAAUCUUCGUAAAAGUGUAUUUUAACAUUAUUUUGCAAACUUUUGACUUUUCGCAUUUUCUUAUAUCAGUCCCAUAAUGUGUUUAAGCUGUUUUGCUUACCAUAUGAUACAGAAUAUUUCAGUUUUCUAAUUAAUUUCGCUUUUUUCACAAGUUUUACAGCAUAGAAUAUUGUGAUUAUCAAUGGAACUAAGGGUUUACACUUCGUCCUAUUUUGCCACUUAAUAUCUGCAAACUACUACUGAUUUUGGCAUUUUGCGGUCUUAGUAACAGCACUUUUAAUCGAUAUAUUGUAUAAUUUCGCACUUAUUAUUUUUAUAACUCCAGUUAUGACUUAUUUCACAUUGUCAAGUUUUUAAGUACAAAUCAUACUACCGAUAAAUUAAUUGAGUAGCAUAAAUUAAAUACAUAAGAUCAGACUUCAUAUAUACUAUUGUGAAUAUUACACCUUAAAGCAAGUGUGUUUACGUGUUUAGUAUAAUGAUUUGUGUACAUUGUAAACUUUUCUGUUUAGAUUUUUCCGUUUAAAAACUACUUAUAUAAAUGUGAGUAGUUGUAAUAAUAAU